AUGCGUUUGAAACAGCUGAUGGUAGCCGUAGCCAUAACCAUGAAUAUCCUCCCCCCCCCCCCCCGCCCCCAGCAAGGGCGGCUGCUGCUGCAGACCUUCAGCUUCAGCAGCAGCAGCUGCUCCAGGGAUUGGAGGAUGCAAAUAGCCCGACAGAAAAAAGGGAGGUCAAAAGGAAUCCAGCAGCCCCCUCGGAACCCUCCCCCACCCUAUCCACCUCCGGCCCACCCCUUCCCUUCAAGUUUUCCCUCCUCUCCUUCCCUCCCUCGUACUCCCUACCUUCCCUCCUUCAUCCCAACCCCUAAGGCCAAGGUCUCCCCGGCCCACAAACCUGAUAGCGGAAGUGACGGAGGCCCGAGCGGCCACCGCGGCCUCUCACGCUGGGGCACUGGGCGCCGUCAACCAAUGAGCGCCGGCCGGGGAGGAGGGAUUUUCAGGCGCCUCAAGGCCUACCUCAGGUUAGGUGCGGGAGGCCGCGUCGGAGAGGGCCGAGUCCCCGCUUCCCCCACGCCCAGCGUGGCGGGCACCUGUCACCGCGGGCACCGCCACCGGCCCGGGCCCAGCCCGCUCCCGCUCCUCCCUAGGCAGCCCGGUCGUCCCGGGCCUGCUGGGGAAGAAGCGGCCGUGCCGCGGCUCCUCACCCAGCCGGGCCUCAGCCCUCCACGCCUGGCGCGACCGCCCCUCCUUCACCUCCCCCCACAGCCCGCCGCCGCCGCCUCUUCCUCCGCCUCAGAGGGCGAAGAAAAUGGCGGCCGCUCCUGCCUCACCCACCUCAGGGCUGAGGGGAGGACCGAGGCCCGGGCCCGCCGCCUGCAGUCGCCGGCCUUGGGCCCCCAGCGCCGGCCGCUUCCCCGGAGCGCCGUACGGGGUAACCCGCGGUGGCGAGGACCCGGAUGGAGUCGCGGGGGCGAGCGCCGCCGCGGCAGCCCGAGUAUCACUUCCUGUGUGGGGCUAAUUGCAGUGGAUGGACUACAGGCUGAACAAGAUGGAUUUCGAGGAAGGCUGGGCUCCUUUUCGUUUGGUUUCUGAAACAAACCCAAUACAGUCUUGCAGAGAAUCUCAUCUGGAAUAUCUCCUGACAAAGUGCUCUGUGUUGAACACCCUGACCUCCAGGCCUCACACAGUUCAGCAGCAUUCACCAAUACCUGGUCUGUUUUAGAGAGGACAAAAUCAGUAAUGUUCAUGCCUUUGAGGAGUUCUUGAAAAUAGUGCCUGAUGGAAAUGUUAUCUUUUCCUGGCACCUUUGGGAGAGAGUUGCCUUCCAUAAGUCUCUCCAUUUCUGUCCUGAGCUUUUUGUCUUCGUGAAGGAAUUGUACUGCGUUCAAAUGUUGUUCUAGGAGAGUUCUCAUUUGCUGGUAGAGCUGUCUGGGGGCUUGAAGUUCCCUGGCAACAAGCUGCAAUUUCUCUAACUUGGUAGAAUGUUCAUUAUCUAAUUUCUUUUUCAGGGUGGCAAUCCUAAAUUUGAUACCAUUUAAUAGGCUGCUUCCAAUAGUGUCGAUCAUAGCUCGAGUAUCUGCUGUGCUGGUGAUGAGCUCAUUGAUCAGUUUUUCUGUUU